UAUUCACCAACACUGUGUUGGAUGAUCUCUUACAAUAUACGGAUCCAUCGAGGAAUAAUUUCUUGUAAAAAUAGCUGUGCUGUAAUUAUUGAGAUGUCAAAAAGUGAAAGUUAAGUGUCUGUUAAUUUGCAGCAUCCAUUUUGGGCAGCAGAUAUUAGCACAGUAGCUUGUAUUGAUUAGUCCAUUUCUUUUUAACAGACGUAUGAUGGAAAUACGGACGCAGUGUUUUCUAAGACUCAAGUCACGAGUUUUCACGCGCGCUAUGUUCGAGUCAUCCCUACCCAGUGGCAUUAUGGGAUGUGCAUGAAAGUGGAACUCAAAGGCUGUAAAGUAUGCUCUGCUCCCCUGGGGAUGGAGAAUAAGGACAGUGAGGAGAUCACGGACAGUCAAAUCAAAAAAGCGCCUACGUCAUCGAGUUCACAUGCCAAUCCCCGGCUGCGUCACGGUUCUGCGUACAUAAACUUAUACCAUUGGACGCCAUUCAUUCAAGUUGAUCUUGGUCCAGCGAGUAAACGGCUGACGGCCGUGGCUGUCCAAGGACGUGUGUAUGGCCACAAUACGUGGAGGUUUUACAUGAAGUACAGUGAAGAUGGAUCGGAAUGGUACAACUACACAGAAAAUGGAGUGACGAGAAUAUUUGAAGGAGGAGAGUAUAUGGAUUUGAUAGCCAAGCAUUAUUUUAAUCAGAACAUAACCGCGCGUUUCACCCGCGUUGUGCCGCUGACCUGGAGUUAUGACGCUAACAUCAGAAUUGAGCUCUAUGGUUGCCCAGUAUGCGAAUAUGCUCUCGGAAUUGAAAGAGGUUUCUUCAAUGUAUCCGCAUCCACGUAUUUUGGACCUGGGUACGAACCUUGGCGCGGACGGUUGAACCAUCAUGCGGGGAUCUGGCGACCACUUCUGAACAAAAACUUCGAAUUUCUUCAAUUCACCUUUGAUCAUGUGAUGGCUAUAACAGGCCUCGCCAUUCAAGGAGAUAGCGCUUCGUGUGGAAGGGUCACGAGAUUUUAUUUGCAUUACUCUCUGGACGGCAAACGCUUUGAAACGUACGUCGAUCCUGUGUACUAUGAAGUAAGUACAAAAUUACAGAUGUACCGCUUAUCCAUGAUUACGUCACACGCGCAGCCCCGUUUACACGUUAGUUUCGAAAAUCUCCGGCACCUUCGUGUUAUUUUUUACGUGAUGUUCUUUCCAUGUCAGUUUGCUGUUUUGGGAAUUUGUUCAGGACAAAAUUUCAAUUUGCAUUUUCAAUGCGAAGCUUAGUAGUGAAAUUUGCUAGUCUGAUGUCAGUAUGCAUAAUGGCUAUAGUCCAUCGUUAGCACGUUCUGUAUACUGGGGUGUCCGACACACAGAACUUGGCGAACAAAAUGCACAGAGCGAUCUCCUCCAUGUGAAGUGUAUAAGCAUUUUAAACUUCUGCUCUUUUUUAGUUGAAAAAAAAUCAAAGCUGCAGCAGCAUUGAAACUCAUGGGUUUGUAAUCCGAUGCAUAGCUCUUCUAAAUGGACUAUGAAAUCUUUACUGUGUAAAUGGUUUGCAUGGCGAUAUAGAGCAACUGUCCGGGCUGCAUGUCAUGGGUUCGAGUCCCUUUUUAACCUUGUUUCUGUUUUUACUGCUAAAAACGAUUAAAUUACCAACACACUGAGAAACCAUUUAUUUCAUGCCCAUUCGUUGUUAAAACUUCCCAAUUGCAAAAACGCUUUGUUCACUUUGGUAAAAAAAAAAAACAACAAUAAAAACAACAACACAACAAUAACA